CAUUGCAAGGAUGUUUUGCCUGGUUCGAGUGGGCGGGGCUUCCGUUCGGAGUUGCGCGUGGUGCUGUCAGCCAGACUCGGGAGCCUCAGCAGCGCACGCACCCGACGGCAACAGAAUGAGCUGGAUCAUGGAUGGUGGUUCCUUGACAUCUGCAAGCACUGCCAUUUGCAAGUGAUUGUGAAAAUAGGAGGCCUGAGAAGAUACAGCGUUUUUUUUUAUUUUUGCAUUUAUCGCAAGACUCGGGAACUUGGAUUCCCAGAGGACCGACCCUGGAUAGUCUUUACCUGCCAUUUUUGCAGCUGCGGCUGAAUUUUGAAUGCUAGUGCGUUUGACUCGACCGGGAGACCGCUUCGCCUUCUGUUGAAUCCACAGGCGAUAAAAGAGGCAGUGCACUGCUGCAGCUGCAGUAUAGUGAUUCGGAGACCAUACGGGUUUUCGGCAUAGCUAAAUGUUCCUCUAGUUGACUCGCUUUUUCGUCAGCGAGCAGGCUAGGCAAUGCUACAAAUGAAAAUUGCGCUGCUGCAUUCUCAGUGAUCCCUGUAUGCCUGCUGCAGAGGCGGAACAGGGUGUUCGUUCAGUGAAACUGCACUAUGAGACCGGUCCAGUGAAUUGCGGUUGCAGACCGUGCAGGUUUGGUCAUUAUUUGGGUUAUAGCCUAUACAAAGUCAGUCAACGGAUUGCAGUGACUAUUCUCGAAAAAAAAAAUACUGGGUGGCAUCCGACGAAAUCAAACGUUGUUGAGCAGCAGCGUUUUUUUUUUUUUUUUUUGCUGUGCACAUGCCAUUGUUUUAAUUAACCUGUCUACAGUCUACAAAAUGGGAAACAGUUUUUCCAACAUAUCAGCUUUUCAGUCCCUUCAUAUUGUAAUGUUGGGGUUGGACUCGGCAGGGAAAACGACUGUUCUUUACCGACUGAAAUUCAACGAGUUUGUCAACACGGUGCCCACAAUCGGGUUUAACACAGAAAAAAUUAAACUGAGCAACGGUACCGCAAAGGGCAUCAGCUGUCAUUUCUGGGACGUCGGAGGACAGGAGAAAUUGAGGCCUUUGUGGAAAUCCUACAGCCGGUGCACGGAUGGUAUAAUCUACGUGGUGGACUCUGUGGAUGUGGACAGACUAGAAGAAGCCAAAACCGAACUGCACAAAGUCACCAAAUUCGCAGAAAACCAAGGGACUCCCCUUUUGGUCAUUGCAAACAAACAAGAUCUUCCCAAAUCUCUUCCAGUCGCUGACAUUGAAAAACAGCUGGCGCUUCAGGAGCUCAGCCCGGCCACCACGUAUCACGUCCAGCCAGCUUGUGCCAUUAUUGGCGAGGGCCUUCACGAGGGUAUGGAUAAACUGUACGAAAUGAUAGUUAAACGAAGAAAAUCUCUUAAACAAAAGAAGAAGCGAUAACAAAAAGCCAAGGGCACGGUAGCUAAUUCCGCUCGGGUAGCCUACAUCACUGUUGCCCCCAAAAUGAAAUGUUUACUUUGCAGUGAUGUAUAUUUUCGUUGCUCUUGGUUUGACGACAGUUUCUGCUGCUGUAAACGGUUUUUGUAGCGUGCUGCAUUACGGAAAAGAGGAUGAUAAUUCUAAGGGUGCUGGAUGUUUUCACCGAAGUUAACCAAAACCUGCAUUAACUAGUGACUGAAAUAACGUGACAUUUAAAAGAUGGGCUGGGCCCAUGUUUUUUGCUGCUUCAUCACGGAUUCUAAAUGUAGCUUGACAAUUUAUAGAUUAUUAUGGAGUCAAUAUAGCACUGUGACGAUCAUCGAACAUUCCGGGCGUUGCUGUCCUUCACUAAAUCUUAACUGAAUGCUUGUAUUCUUCAUUAAGAAAAUUAAUUAAUUUGCACGUACUUUGGAUGUAGAUCAUACUGACUGAAGUCCAAUAUAAAACGCACCUGUGCCAGUAGGCUUUUGGAGUGUGGUACCAUGAAACCGUCGGGAUUUUUGUGUUAACACUUUCAGACAAAAGGAUAACUGUUCUGUAUUAUAACUUAGUUUCACCUCAAUUGUAAACAGAUUUACUUAGAGAAGUAUUUAAAUAUAUUGAGAUUAUGGUGACACUCACCAGGAGUAUAUUUUGCUGGCUAGAGUCCACAGCUGUUGCAUAUUUCUUUGCACUUUCUCAACAAAACGGAGUGCUACACUGUAUAGCAAUGUAAGACUGUUUAUGUACAGUAAAGCCAAAAAUAACCCUUAAGUAUUUUUAAUUAAAAUGUUUUAAACUAA